GUCAAAUGGGUCAUUUCACCUUAUCAUUGACGACGAUGUUGUCCUAUAGUGUUUUGGUGGCCGUAAUCUUCUUUUCCUUAACUGCGCACCACACAGAGGGUCUGUCAUCUGAAGAAACUACAACAGAGAAGGAUGUCCAGGAUGGGAAAUGCCCCCAUCUCCCCUGCCCACUUCCUGGCAACUGCACCCACAAGGUGUGGAGUCAUUUCUGGUACCACGGGAAACUGUGCAAGGGAUGUCAGUACUGUGUCAACGUCACCAGCAGAAAGAUGGGUCCGGAUGAGGGUGUCCAGGAUGUGAAAUGUCCGCAUCUUCCCUGCCCGUUUCCUGGCAACUGCACCCACAAGGUGUGGAGUCAUUUCUGGUACCACGGGAAACUGUGCAAGGGAUGUCAGUACUGUGUCAACGUCACCGGCACGGCAUCAGACGAUGCUGCCACUGAUACGAGUCCAACUUGUCCGCACCUACCCUGCCCACCCCCUUUCCCGAACUGUGCCCGGUUUGAGUGGACUCACUUCAAGUAUGAGGGCAAGGUGUGCCAAGGGUGUCAGGUGUGCGUCUAUUGGAACAUAUCCAAGCCGGCUGUCAGGCAGGUCCAGCACCAGUGCCCCAUGUUCAAGUGUCCAGCCCCCGGCCCGUGUGACACGCCCUACUCCAUCCACGAAGUGACCAUCCCCGGAGUACCACACAGAUGCCCAGGAUGCCCGUACUGUCCAUCAGAGUCCAGUAAAGUCAGACGCUUACUUGCAUCGUGCCCUGACGUGAGCUGUGUUGAACCUGGUCCGUGCAGCCUGCCCUUGAAGACGCAGACACUCCGGGUUGACGGUCGUAACUGUCCCGGGUGUGCUUACUGUCCGCAGUAGGGCUGGACUGAAAUAAAGUGAAUGAAGCAUUAA